AUGUACUAUCCCAUCCUCACCCCCACGGACGUCGACGCCGUCGUGCGCGCGCAGGCCCUGCUGGACUUCGCCCGCCUGGAGCUCGACCUGGCGAUCGCGGGCGCCCAUGCCGCCCGUGCCCAUCUGCAAUCCUCGCGCGAGCGCCAUCGCAUCGCGGAGGCCGCCUACCUGAGGCGCCUGCGCGACCCGGAGGUGGCCUCCAGGGGGUGGUCGUUCAUGGAUGCCAAGGGGAGGGAGAGCGCGAUGUACUCGCUGGCGGAACUGGUGCCGCUGGCGCGGGAGGUGCCCACGCUGCGAGUGAACUGCGGGAUGCAGGAGCUGUCGCUGCGGCUGGCGGACGCGCUGAACUCUCAGAGGGCGUUUUUGAAGGCGAUGAGGCAGGCCGCGUCGGCGGGGGCGGCCCUGGCGGAGGCGGAGGAGGCGUUGGGGCCGGCGGAGGCCAAGGUGGCCCCGGCAGAGGCCCGCCACGCCGCCGCCAAGGCCGCCCUGGACUACACCAGGCAGUCCUACCGCCGGUGGAGCCUGGGUGGUCAGCUGUACACCCCCGCUGAGCUCAAAGACGGCUUGGACGCCGAGCCGGCUAUCGGCGACGCGUCCGUGUUCGAUCCUGAAGCCUGCCCCUCCCGACGCCUGCCCGCCAGAGACGCCGUGGCCGCCUGGGAGGCGUCAUGCCGCCUAGCCAAGGCCGCAGCCGUUGCCUGUAUGGAUCUGGGGGGCGCCAGGAGCAUCCCUUCCUUCGGCAUCGACAGCGAGUGCUGGCUGCUGGACGCCCAGGGGGCCCCGUCGGCCCCAUGCUGCCUCCGCGACCUGCGAUCAUGGGUUGAGACCGCUGACCUGGGGCCCUACGCCACAGUGCGGCAUUUUAACCGGCCAGAUCUGCCGCUCCCCGCGGCUCACGCCUGCUUUUUCAAGGAGCUGGACGCGGUGGUGUGGGGCGUGGAGGGCGGGGAGAGGGCGAUGGGAGGGGGCGAAGGGGAGGCGUCGGAACGGAACGAUGAACAAACGACGACAACAGACGGCGGCUGUGAGGCGCUCUGCCGGAGAGGAGAGCCCGCUUGCGCGGACAACGGGCACCAGAACGACAGCCCAAGCGAACGGACCGGGCUGGGGAAGACGCCUGAGGGAUGUAUUCACAGGGGCGAGCGCAGGGAGGCGGUGGGCAAAGAUGUCGAGGGGCGUCAGGGGGAGGAGGGCGGGGGUGGGACUCCUCGCGGGGACAAAGGGGAGCGAGGCGCGGAGGGGAGCGGGAUGGCGUCCUUCGACGUGAUCAAGCACUUCAUCACGUCGCUGCCGAUGCCGAAGAGGCGUGCCGGCGCGACGCCGUUCCCGGUAAAGAGGCCAGCACCGCCCCCCCUUGUCUGCGCGCCGAGGGCGAGGGCGAGGGUGGACGCGGAGGACGGCGGGGGGGACUCUCAGGGCGGGGAUCUCCGGGAGGAUAUUUCGGACGAGCGGGAGGGGGAGGAGGACAAGGAGGAGGAGGAGAAGGGGGAGGGGGAGGAGGGCAACGAGGAGGAGAAGGGGGAGGAGGACGAGGAGGAGGACGAGGAGGAGGAGGAGCGGGGGCAGAAGGAGAAGGAGGAGCAGGGGCAGGAGGAGAAGGAGGAGCAGGGGCAGGAGGAGAAGGAGGUGUUCUGCGAGGGCUCCUGA